AUCCUGUUUUUUAGGCCUUCUUCUCUGAUAAUGCCAUGGCUCAGGCUUCAAGGAAAUCCUCUCCAAGGGUUACCAACGAGGCUGUUCAAAAGGCUGCUGCUGCUUUGAAGGGCUCUGACCACCGCCGUUCGACAAAUGUCAGUGCUAGGCUUGAUGCUCAGCAGAAGAAACUGAACCUCCCGAUCCUCCCGACGACAACCAUUGGGUCUUUCCCUCAGACCGUUGAACUCAGGAGAGUCCGACGUGAAUACAAGGCUAAAAAGUGAGUUCUUGUUUUCAAGAACUGU